AAACGUAUUGUAUCUGUUAUACUUAUUUUCGAAAAGCUUUAAAGUGUUAUCCAAAGCCCAGUUCACAUUGAUCUCACCGUGACCCUCGUGAUCCCAUCUUUUAUAAACUUCCACUUAUCGACAAGACUCACCAGAGUUACGGCAUUAAGUGUGGCGUUACGGAAUUUAGUGCGGCGUUCAUUGUGAUUACGUUGACAAAUAAAAUUUCACUAAAUGUUAAUACAUGUGACCAUUCAUGUCUCUCUCUUCGACACCUAAUUAUUCCUGUAAGCAUCCUCGCGUAGGCGUAGGUGUUUUCGUUAUUCGUGGCAAUAAAUUUCUUGUUGGAAAGCGAAAGGGAAGUCAUGGCGCUGGAACUUGGGAAAUUCCUGGAGGACAUUUGGAAUUUGGAGAAACAUUCAGCGAUUGCGCAAAACGUGAAAUUUUAGAAGAAACGAAUCUUGAGAUAAAGAAUAUAAAGUAUCAAACUGUAACUAAUGAGAUAAUGCAUAAUGAAAAUAAACAUUAUGUAAGUAUUUACAUGAAAGCUGAAGUUGUAGAUGAGAAUGUGGAACCAGCGCAUAAACUCAUAAUGAAAGCUUGUAUUAAGGUGAUGGAGCCAAAUAAAACUGAAUGCUUGGAAUGGGUUACAUGGAGUGAAUUUAUUAAGGGUGGUAUUACAGGCAUAUUAGAAGACAAAAGUGUAAAUAAGUAUAGACCAAUGUUUCAACCGAUGGAAACUUUAAUAACUGAACAACCUGAAUAUAAUCCUGUCUAAUCAAAAGACUUAAUAUUAGAAGAUAUACUAGAAUAAUACAACAUUUACCAUUUUGAAGUCAUAAAAUUUCUAAUCUCUGAAAUCAUUCGGAUAAUCCAAUCUUCUGAGGAAGUUGUUGGAAAUACUUAAAAUUCAAAAUAAACAAUAAAUCACUCAAAAAUAAAAUUUCUUGUUUCAAUUGAUCUGAAA